CCAACAACAUUUUUGGCUCAAAAUUUGGUUUGUUAUUGAAUAACCUUUCCCAACCUUGUGGUUAAAACAUUGUUUUUCCCCCACAUUCUUAUCUCUAGCCAUCUGAAUCUUCAUACAUUAAUCUCCAUUUUACAGCCAAUUUUUUUUUCCAUUUGUUGUCAAUUUCUUAAUUUUCAAGUCUUGAUAUUCAUUCUCCUCCUUAUAAUUUUUAUUCGAUUACUACCACGAGCGAUGGAUCAAGCAGAACUUGGACGAGUUUUUCAAAUGUUUGAUCGAAACGGGGAUGGUCGAAUCACGAGGAAAGAGCUGAGCGACUCGCUAAAGAAUCUGGGAAUUUGCAUUUCGGAGCAAGAUUUGAUCCAAAUGAUCGAGAAAAUUGACGUGAACGGAGAUGGGUUCGUUGACAUUGACGAGUUUGGUGAGUUGUACCAAACGAUAAUGGAUGAGAAAGAUGAGGAGGAGGACAUGAAAGAGGCAUUUAACGUGUUCGAUCAAAAUGGAGAUGGGUUCAUCUCGGGUGAAGAAUUGAGCGCAGUGUUAUCUUCAUUGGGCCUAAAGCAUGGGAAAACAUUGGAAGAUUGCAAAAAUAUGAUCAAGAAGGUGGAUGUGGAUGGUGAUGGAAUGGUUAACUACAAGGAAUUUAAGCAAAUGAUGAAAGCUGGUGGGUUUGCUGCAGCUUCCUUCAGUUGAUGGCUAUAGAGGGUGUGAGUCUUUUUUCUCUUUUAUGAAUAGAUGAUUUUUGCACAUAAAAGAAGAAACAAGAUACCCUUUUGUAGAAUGUUAAUGUGUGUGAAUGGAAAGGGGAAAAUGGUUUCUUGGUUGGUGAAUAUAUUUGAUGGGAAUUGCUCAACUUUUUGUAUGGUUGAUUUGAUUGAUUCCUCAAUUGAUAUUUUUCCAAUCUAUAUAUCAUAUUGGUGAAAUUCAAACUUGCUUUUCUAAUUCUCUGUCCCAAAAGAUGGGAAAAGAGACAAACUUGCCUCUUUCUCAUUUUGCCUUUCUCUUCACACACGCAUGGUCCAAGGCCAUGAAAAAUCCACAUUUUAAGUAUUAAUUUUCAUCAUAUGCUUUCAAUUUGG